ACAAGCCACACCAUACAUUUUAAAGUGUAGAUCUAUCGCAGGGAUCGGCAAAAAAUCUUCUAGGAUUUGCUGUGAAAUGGGGCGUUCUUCUAAAGAUAAACGCGAUAUUUAUUAUCGUCUUGCUAAGGAAGAAGGGUGGAGAGCUCGUAGUGCAUUCAAGUUAUUGCAAAUAAACGAAGAAUAUGAUAUUUUUCAAGGUGUUACAAAGGUUGUUGACCUCUGUGCUGCGCCAGGGAGUUGGAGCCAGGUCCUUAGCCGUAAACUCAGAAAAGAAGAUGGAUCCUAUGAAGGGACUAAGAUUGUAGCAGUAGAUCUUCAGGCCAUGGCUCCUCUUCCCGGUGUCAUACAGUUACAGGGUGACAUCACAAAGGAAUCGACAGCCAAUGAAAUCGUGUCUCACUUUGAAGGAGAGAAGGCUGACCUGGUUGUAUGUGACGGCGCCCCUGAUGUUACAGGCCUGCAUGACAUAGAUGAGUACAUACAAGCACAGCUUCUAUUAGCAGCUCUAAACAUCACUACUCACGUACUAAAACCACAAGGCACAUUCGUUGCUAAGAUUUUCAGAGGGAAGGAUGUAACCUUGCUAUACUCACAACUCAAGAUCUUCUUUCCCCAAGUCACCAUUGCCAAGCCAAGAAGUAGCAGAAACUCAAGCAUAGAGGCCUUUGUUGUCUGUCAGCGAUACGCCCCUCCUGUUGGCUAUGUACCAAACAUGUCCAACCCCUUAUUGGAUCAGAAGUAUGAUACCGACUUCAACAAUCUGGAGGGCCCGAACCGUGUGAUUGUACCAUUUCUUGCUUGUGGUGAUCUUAGUGCCUAUGACUCUGAUAGGAAUUAUCCUUUAGAGAUCAAGCCAGGAGAAGGGUACACCUACCAUCCACCCACACAGCAACCAAUCAAUCCUCCUUACAAGACAGCUUGUGAUAUGAAGAAGAAAGAUCAGCUAGCUAAACCUGUCACAUCCAUGGCCAGGUCAAGAGAACAGGUACAGGGUGAUCAGGCAAUGGGGCAGGAAGGGAGGAGGGAGGACAGAAGGAGUAGCGGUGGAGAGAAACGGUUGAACAGGGUAGAGGGAGCUGAGGCCACGGACCAACAGGGGAUGGAUCUCUUGGGCGCCUGCAGCUCCAGCCGUGGACUUGGAGGAUCCGUGCAAGGCGGGGACACGGCACAUGGAGGGAGGGCUCCCGAUGUCCUGGACAUCAGGAGGGGCUUGCCCACCCGGAACGUGGAGAGCGGAGAGGAGGAGGGGCAACAUAGAGUGCUGGAGGUGAGGGGAAUGUUCCCUCCUGAUCUUAUAGGUGGAGCAGCACAGGACGGUGGGGUUGAGGACGCAGCUGUGGGAGACUCCGAUGUCUCCAGGAGAAAUGCUCCUGCAGGAGUGGAAGCUCCUGGAGGAGCUGGUGGAGCUGCAGGUUUAAGAGCAGAAGGAUCCAUGCCUGGACUAAUAGAAGGAGCCAUUGGAGGGUAUGAGGUUGGAGCUGUAGGUGGAUCAUUAGAUGGAGCAGUAGGAGGAGCCGCAGCAGCAGGAGGAGAAAUGGGAAGAAUACCUAGUUCUAUAGAAGGAGCCAUAGGUGGUGCCGAGCAGGAACCGUCAAACAGAACUUUACCAGAAUCUUAUGGAAGAGCUGCAAGUAUACCUCCAGUUCCCUCUCCAAAUCAAAUAUUAGAUGGAUCUUUACUAGGUGCAGUAGGUGGACUAGACAUCAGCGCACCUAUUGAUGUUGUUCAGCUUGGUGUGCCAACCGGUCGCGGUGCUGCUUAUCCAUUAGAUGUCAUUGGUGAUAUAAAUAGUCAAAGCAGAAUCGCUAGCUCGAACUCUGUAAGACCCCGUGUUCCUAGGCAGCCGAACAAUGACCAAGGGCCAUCCAGGAGGCCUCUUAAUGACCAAGAGCCAUCCAGGAUGCCUCAAGGCAUUGGUCUUGACAUUGUAGACUUUGCAAGCGGUCAAGUAACCCCACCUGGCGGAGUGCCGUCAUCGAACAGAAACUCUGGGAAUGUGCCUUCCAAUGGAAGCUUUGACCAAGAACGAAGAACCAGGCAAGCUGGCUGCCAGCGAGGGCCUCCGCCCGAUGUAACAGGUGUAGACCCCGGGAUUGUGGGACAGAUUAAUGAUCUUCAUGUAGAUGAUAACAAUAGGCCGGCUAGGAAUGAUGCUGAGGACUGGGUAUAGAUCUCUGAAUCCACCUAACAACCAGGGCCAUUUCACAAAACUUGUCAUCAGUGACAAAUGGCAGUUUUUGUUAUAAGCUACUGAAAUCAUUGCUUUUGAUUGGUUAUCAGCAGAUAUGUCACUGAUAUUUGUCAGUUGACAUUGAAAAAAGGGCUUUGUGAAAUGGGGCCCAGAACUCUGAUUGAGACAUUGUUAUUACCAAUAUCUAGUAGAUAUGUACAUGUCCGAUGUUACCCUCUUUGCCCCUCUAUGAGUGGUAACUUGGGUCGAGUAUGGAAACACAAUGUAUUUGAUACUGGCACUUUUUCAAAAUAUUACAGUAAAAUUUAUCUUAAAAAUGGUGAAUGCAUUCUGAUAAUCAAUUUAUGUGAUUUUCCCAUAUUGAAAGACAAUUGCAGUGAUGAGCGAGUGACAUAAUUUUUUAUGUGCAGCAAUACAUUGUCCCCUUUUCAUCAUGUAUUAAUAUCACAGAAAAGACAAUUCUAUUUGAAUACAUUCAGUAAUAUCGUCAGUUUUAUUCACCACCCUGUAAAAUGUUGGGUUUGAUGGACAGUUGUGCAUUACCAUUUUGUAAAAUGCUGCAUGUGCAAGACUUUCAAGCAAAUAUGCUAAUGUUUGUAGUUUAUUUCAUAGUGUCUUCUAGAAGAAAAUUGCACAAGUUUAUUUAUAUAACCACAAUUUUUCCUAACUCAUAUUUAUUAAAACAGCAUAAUAUGUAGCACUACAUGAUAGUACAAUAAAUAUAUACAACAUUCAGUUAGACUAGGAUAAACAUUACUUUUUAUAAGAAAUGAAUUUCAUUAGCAUACCGUAAACAAUUUUUUUUUAAAGGGCUAUGACCCCUUUUCUUGCAACCCCCAAGUUCAAAUUAUGCAUUCAUGUCAUGAUUGGGUGAAAAUCAAAUUACUACUUUUAUGUGGAGCUUGUAUGGGAGCACGAGAUGGUUAUUGCAAGGGAUUAUAUUUUAUUCUGAGCUACCCUUAUUGUAAAUGAUAUUUGCAUUACAUGAUGCAUUGCUAAUAUUCUUGAAUUAAUCACAAUUUUGUUUUUAGUUCAUGAAAUACAAUGUCGUUACAAUUACUACUUUGUGUUGUGUGGGCUUAUCUUAUUUCUAAAUGCUUAGGGUCUUAUAGUUCGUGCCUGUAUAUAAUUUUUUGUAACCAGAGAAAGUAUAUGACAAGUACUGUGAGAAAUCAUGAAACAAAAUAUGUAAAUCAUUUCACCUGUUCAUUCAGCUUUGAAAUAAAGAUAUGUUUAUUCAUUCCAAAUACA